UUUAAAAAAUGGCGCUGGUUCAUACCCCCGAUAUAGGAGAUACCUCUUGGUCGUAGUGUUAAGUUCUGUUAUAUUUUAUGUUCACGGUAGCCGCAGCUGGACUGCGCCGUUUAGCAAUGUCCGCGAUAGAAAAAUUUGAAGUUUUGUUCGUUUUGGGUGGACCCGGUGCAGGCAAAGGUACGCUAUGUUGUUUAUUAUCCGAAAAGUAUGGUUACGUUCACUUGUCGGCUGGUGAUCUCUUGAGGGAGGAGAGAAUCAAACCCGGUUCGGAAUUUGGCGAGCUCAUCGAAACGCAUAUUAAGAAUGGCACUAUUGUUCCGGUUGAAAUUACUUGUUCUUUAUUGGAACGUGCCAUGCAGACAUCUCAGGCUCCUAAAAAAAGAUUUCUCAUCGAUGGUUUCCCAAGAAACGAAGAUAAUUUAACUGGUUGGAACAAGGUCAUGUCGGACAAGGUACUUUUGAAAGGCGUCUUGUUUUGCGAAUGCUCCAAAGAAGUUUGUACUCAAAGAUGCCUCAAUCGUGGAGCCAAAGGUAGUGGACGCAGCGAUGACAAUGAAGAAACUCUUAUAAAGAGGCAUGAAACUUAUAUACAAAAAACAUUGCCUAUAAUAGAGUAUUAUGAAAAGCAAGGCCUGGUGUAUAAGUUCGAUAGUAUGAAAACACAGUUGAAAGUAUUGGAAGACGUAGAAAAAUUUUUACCUAGCAUAGGAUGGUAAAUAAGAUGACAAACUAUUUACAUGGGAAGAAAUAAUCUUACAGUCGAUAUUUUUCUUUCUUUUACCAAAUAUCAAUCAUUGAAUUUACAAACUUUUGUUAGUCGAUAGAAAUGAUACGCUAGACAUAUUGCCAAUAACAUUAUCUUACUCUUCUACUUAAUAUUUUUAUCAAUUGAUAUUUCGUCAGGAUUAUUUUAUCUGAAUAAUUAUAUACAUUAUUGUAGAACGUUAUUGUAGAACAAAGCAUUAACUGUAGAAAUUAUGAGACGUCCAUGUAACAUUCCUUAAUGCGCAUUAUUGUCAAAUUCUAUUGGAAGAGAAUGCGGGAAUAGGAGAAAAGUGUUUUAUUGUUGAUGACGAAGACGAUAAGAUGGUAUAGAAAUAGAAAUUAUUUAAUACCAAGUUGUAUACAGAAAAAGAAGAUGUUUGUAAUUAAUAUGUAUAUAUAAAUGCAAUAGAUAUACAAAACAAUGUAUAAUGGUUAAGCAUUAAUAUUGCUGUGCAAGCAAAUAAUAAAACUGGACUUGAGAAUUA